AACCUUGACCCCAUCUUAUAAACAGAAUAAGCAUGUAUUUAUCUUCUGACUUUAUUUUUUUUUUCGGUCACUCCGAAGAAUAAAUAAAUGUGGCCACUGAUACUAGGCUACUAUGUUGGAUUAAUUGUAACCAAAUAAUACUAGGUAUGUGUUCUCGAUGUAACAUAACAUUUUGGACCAGCUUAUUUUAUGAUGUAGGCCUACGCCCACACUGUCUCAACUGUCUACUGUCUGUCUCUCCUCUGUCUAAGUCUAAGUCUAUGUCUAUAGUCUAUAGUCACUAUAGUCUAUAGUCUACUAAAUGAACAAAAAAUUAUAAUAAAUAAUUCAACAAAAAUGCCACAAUUACUAUUAUUGACAGUAGUAUUCAAUUUAUAAGUGUAUAUAAGAAGUUUACCUGGACUUACCAACUUACACUGAGUAGGAGUAGAGGACAGUACACACAACACUUCACUGUCACUUUCACUUACUAAACAUUGACUAAACAUAGACUCAGCAGUGUGUGUGACUAGUGUGAGUUGAUCAUGCUACUUGAAAACUUCUGAAUUAAAAAUACUUCCCAAAGUCUCAAGCUUUCACUUUUUAUAAUUUUAAUAAAAUCAUUCUUUAAUUAUCACAAUUCACAUUGUCAUAAGUUGACAUAAGUCAUUGUCAUUUUUGAUCACAAUGUAUCAAUGUAAAUUAUUAUUAACUACAAACAACUAGUUUAUCUCAGAAUAUCUGAAAUCUGAUUUGACUAUCUCUACUUUCCACUUUACUCUAUUAAUUCAUUACUCUUUUGAGUCAUUGUCAUUUUUGAUCACAAUGUAUCAAUGUAAAUUAUUAUUAACUACAAACAAGUAGUUUAUCUCAGAAUAUCUGAAAUCUGAUUUGACUAUCUCUACUUUCCACUUUACUCUAUUAAUUCAUUACUCUUUUGAGCCAUUUGAGUAGCCUAAAAUAAACCGAUAAAUUAGUCCUAGACAACCUACUAUUCACCAUACCUACUAUACUAUAGUUAUAGGGCUUAUAUAAUAGGCCUAUACUAAAGAAGUAUUCUUCUCCAGACUUCAGAUAUUUUGUUUGGUUGGACUGCUUAUUAAAAAAACUUUCUAAGUUAAUUAAAACUCUUGAUUAGACCUAACGUUAAUAUUUAUUUUAUGUACAGCAAUACCUCACAAUAACAGCACAAUUGGGACCCGAACUUUGCCAUUAAUUAAGUGAAAAACCCUGGUAAGUAAAUUAAGGCUUUUUUCUACUUUGCGAGUGCCUGCAAGUAAAUUUACAAACUAUGUACUAAUAAAUAUUAAGUGUGCAUUAACACUAACUAUAAAACAAUGAUAGAAAGAAAAAAUUACACAAUGUUUACCUUAAACUUAAAUAUUUGUUUAGUACGUACAGUACAUAAUUUACAACUAAAAAAGAAAUAGAAAUAUUCAAUUUUAAAUACAAAUAUUUUUAUUUUUGAGGAUCGCGGACUCAGAUUUAAGAGCGCCAAUGUUGUGAAAUGCUUUUAAGCGAGUGGCUUUUUUUGCAAGGUGCCACGGCAUAUACACAAAUUAAUCAGCCUUUAAAAGUCCUGCAUUUUCCUUUUCAUUGGGCCUGUAAAAAUUAUUUAAAUAAUUGAAUGUUUUUUUUCCUAGUUCAUUUUCCACUCCAAGUUUAAACUAAAAAGUUACAGAUAGCACAGUUAAAACUCUGAAAUGGCUAAUACUUUAGCAAAUGAAGCUCAUCAGAGAAGUGUAAGUAUGUAAUGUAAAUUGUGGUAAUAAAUGAAUAAUAAGAAGGGGCCUCACGUAUAUUAUUAUAUAUUUUUACAGUUGAUACAAUUAAGACACAUUGUUCUUCUUCUUUUUAUUCGACUCAUAUGUCACAGGAGUGACACCCAUUUAUUAUAUGAAGCUAAGAUAGCCGACUACUUUCAUUGGUGGUAAAGGUUUCUUACUCAUGGUUUUCCUCUGCCCCCCACGAUAGAUGGGCUAACAAAUCCAUUAUAAUUAGUUCUAUAACUUGGGGCAACCCCCAAAAGUCUGAAGCCUCAUAAUUCAAAUGUGCUAUCAGAAUAAUAGAUAUAUCAUUGAAACUCUUACUUCAAACCUGCAUUUCAUAAUUGUGUUGCCUUUACCGUCAAUAUUUAUUUUCUCAUAGUAGAAAGCAGUAUGUAAAAGUUGCAGAUGUCCUAGGAACAUUCCAAUAUGGGUGGGAUUGUGUAAAUGGUGUUGGUAGGAUUAUGAAAAUGAUUGGGGAGAGCAUGAUAUGUUUUAGGGGAAAGCUUUGGUGAAGGGCUUAUGGUAUUGGUCUGUGGUUGCUGGAUCAAGAAAUGUUGGAUGUGGUUUUUGGGGAAGGGUCAGUGUUGAAGAGGCAGUUAAUAGGACGGGGAGAAUUGGGGUAGGUGGCAAAAGGUGUAGAAAUGGUGGACAAGACGUCGAUGGAAGGAGGAAUGCUUAGAAUUCAUGAAACACCUGAACAAGCACAUGCAAGACUUCACAAUAACUUGUCCAAUGUCGUGUGACAUCCAUUGCAUAUUUAUCCUGGUUGGACUAUCUAGCUUUCUUAAAGGAUGUUAGUUUUAAUUAGUAUUCAUAUUAAUAAUUCAAAGCAUGUUUCAAAUUGAACCUGUUUUUGUUUUCAGUUAAAAGAUUUCCUCACCCUUUACAACACAAUAACAGAAUACUGUUUUAGCAAAUGUAUAUCAAAUUUUAAUGAACGAAGUCCAUCAGUCAAUGAGGUAAUUUUACAUUUAUUCUAAAUUAAAUUUAUGACUUAUGAAUUUAAAUUUAAAAUAAAAAAUUUGUUAGGAAUUAAAUUUUUAUUUGAUUGCUAAUACAAAUAGUAAUAGAAUAUUUUAAACAAAAUUAUUAGUGUUUGUAUGUGUCACAUGGGUGUAGGUUCAACUACACUGCCCUUUAAAUUAAUCAUAGACAACUACUUGUUUUGUAAUUUUUAUUCUGUAUACAAAAAUUUAAAUUUUUUUAUCUUACAAAAUGUAGACAGUUAACGCUCUUAGAUGUUUGUUUGCUUUUAAGUACAAGCAACAUACACACAAAAUUAAUAAUCACAACAAAAAAAAAAUAAAUCUAUUGUUCUUUCCCAGACUUCGUGUGUUGAAACAUGCACAGACAACUAUGUCCAGUAUAACCAGAGAUUUAUGUUCAACUUUGUUGACCAUCAAGAGAGGAGAAAGAGGGACCUUGAAAGUGCAGCCGUUGAGGCAGCCAAUAAAGAAGCUGCAGUUGCACAAGAUGCACAGACAUUGGAAUUGUCUGUGGCACAGGAACAAAAUAUUCAGCAGGCAGCCCAAUUGUUAGAGUCAAUGAGUUCAUCCCCUGCAAAUUCAGAGUUCAGUGUUGAAACCAGGACAGGAUCUACAGACCAUCCGUAUCAGGCAUCACACCAAUCACAGUUAUCUGUAGAUUCUCCUAAAAAUUCUGCCAGUAACACAUAAUGUUAUAUCAUUUCAGAAAUAUUACCUGAUUGUCAUUCAAGCCCAGACUUGCACUAAGUUUUAAAAAAAAUAAAUAAUUUAUUUUGAUACAUUUGAACUAAGGUUACCAGACCACUAAGAUUCUCAAACACACAUUUAAAGAAGGGUGCUAAUCAAGGCAAUCUUAAUAAUAAAAGUUAAUUUUUCUAUGAACAUAAUCAUAUGAAGUUCAAGACUUUCACAUCUUAGUUUUAAGAAUCACCAUCCUUUGUUUUUUUUUAAAUGCGGUAGUCUAUCCUAAAAAGUAAAAUUAAAUAAUUUUGUGCAGUCUCUUCUAAAGAAGUAAAUAUUGAUUAUUGUAUCCUGCAGCUAUUUGACAAAUUCCUUCUAAAAUUAAGAAACUAACUUUAUUUAUGUCUUAGUAAUUAUUGUAGGUGUCAGACUUUUAUUGAAAAUAGUUUUUAUGUCAUUUUACAGUUUAUUAAAAGACAAAGAAUAAAAUAACUCAUCAGUUUGUAUUUUAUUUUACAAACACUUGUUGAAGUAAACUAUAAAAUUAUACUUGUCUUAAGAUUCAUAUUCCUGCAGACUGGGGUUACU